CUCUUCUUCAUUUCUACCAUUCAGUAGGUUUUGAUCAUGGAUGAAGCAGACACACCGAGUUUGACAACAACAGUCAACGCUCUCCUCUGGCUGACCAUGCUAAUAUGGCAUCUCUUUAAACUAUCCACUUUUCCUGCUGCUCCUCCUUCUCCCAGCAUCAACACUGCUACUCCUCGUACUACUCCUCCUCCCAACUGUCCGUCUACAAUGGAACGAACCCUCCUGCUCUUCUCCAAAAUCAACGACCAGUACUGGCUCUCCAACGCCCCAGGCCUGCGUUUGAGUCCUCACUCCCCCCUCCUCUCCAUGUUCGCCAACCCAGACGAUCCAGACUCGGUCCUCCUCUGCACCGUUACGGAUCUCAUCCACAACGACCAUAUAUAUCAUGACUACCAAUUCGUCGCCUACGUAUCGAAAGAAACGCACUACGUCCUCCUCGAACGCAGUCGGAGAACACCCCCCUCCUCACCAUCUACCUGCAAGUCCUCAGCUUCGUUCAAAACCGUCCAGACAUCACUGCAUAUCUGUCCGUUUCCCACCAGAGACGAUAUCGAACUCGUCUCCUUGUCACUUGCCGAGUCGGUGCAGAUGGACGAGCACCCUUCUCUGACGGAGUGUUUGGCUUGGUCUAGCUCGGAACCCUUCGAUCCAAACGAUAGUCUCACUGUGAAUAUCCCUGACUACGAAGAGAAUGAUAACGAGUCCGAGAAUGGGAUUGGGAUUGGGGUCUGUGAAGCGAGGCUGAUUUGGGAUCUUGCCUAGUUCUUUUCUUUACUAUCAACUAUCUCCUGUCUCCUCUCUACUGUCUACUUUCUAUAUGCUACUCCUGUAAUAGCGUUUGCCUGGAUUUGAUAUUUCACAGACCAAGAGUUAAUUAAGGCUAGGGCUAAGAUAGAAAGAAC